AUGGGUCCCGCCGCUGCUCAGCCGCCACAGCUGGCGGCGCACGGACUCGACGAGAGCGGCUCGUUCCGGGACUCGGGCACCGGCGUCUUUGAAGACAGCUACACUGCACAAGGCGGUUUCGCAGAGCUUAAAGCUCAGCCGCUGUCGGAAGCGUCGAUGCCUCGACGUAAACAUCAGACUGAAAGAGGAAAACUUGGCCGAGUAGACGGAUUGUUCGAGGAGGCGCCCCCCGGUGACUCGGUUGUUAUAGAUACCGUCACUGCAGAAAACGGUUCCAGCUCGGCACGUAGGAGGUUUGAGUGGCGGUUGGCACUCCGUAAGCUCGGUCCGGCUUUUCUAAUCUCAAUCGGGUACAUGGAUCCGGGAAACUGGGCUACGGAUAUCGAGGGCGGCUCACGUUUCGGCUAUCGGCUGCUGUGGGUGCUGGUUGUCUCCAACGUCAUGGCGUGGCUGCUACAAACGCUUGCUUCACGCCUGGGUAUCGUGACAGGUCGCCAUUUGGCACAGCUGUGUCGCGAGGCGUAUCCGCGCAUCAUCGCGAUGACGCUGUUCGCGCUCGCCGAAACAGCGAUCAUCGCUACGGACCUGGCGGAAGUCAUUGGAACGGCCGUUGGCUUGAAUUUGGUCUUGGGUAUCCCGCUCCUGCUCGGUAUCCUGGUGACAACGCUCGACACGCUCCUGCUUCUGAUGGCACAGCGUGCUGGUGGGCUACGUCGGAUCGAACAAAUUGUCCUAUCUUUGUUAUUCGUCAUCACGAUAUGCUUCGCAUUGGAGCUGGUAUUGAGCAAACCCAGUUUCAUCCAAAUGAUUGGAGGGCUGGUACCGCGUAUCGACGGGCAAAGCCUUCUGGUUGCUCUAGGUAUGUUGGGCGCGACGGUGAUGCCGCACAAUUUCUACCUCCACUCCGCCAUUGUGAUUCGUGAUGCGACUGUGAGGCGCCCUGCCGACUCGUGCGUGUCCACGUCGGCGACACGCACGGCAGACGGGACAGCGCAUAACGGACACGACUUGGCAGGCUGCACUGAUGAUUCGGAUCGCGGGCGCGAACUCGAGUGCGUCUAUUCAGCGAUCGACUGUGCGGUUGCGCUGAAUGCGGCGUUCUUUAUUAAUGCGGCGAUUCUUAUCACAGCGGCAUCCUCUUUUUGGGCGAAUCACGUGCAAGUGGCGACCUUGCAGGAAGCACAUGCCCUUUUAGAGCGCGUGCUACCCAUUCGUCUCUGGGGUCGCGUGGAAGUUGCGCCGCUCGUCUUUGGGAUCGCUUUGAUCGCAGCAGGCCAGUCAAGUACCAUCACCGGAACACUCGCCGGCCAGUAUGUCAUGGAGGGCUUUCUAGGACUUUCUCUGCAGAUGUGGCAACAGCGAUUACUGACGCGGCUAUGCGCGGUCGUGCCGAGCGUGCUGGUUAUCAUCCUACUUGGGCCCGAGAGCACCUACAGGCUCUUAAUUCUUUCCCAGGUAGUUCUAUCGCUUCAGCUGCCAUUCGCGAUUGUGCCCAUGAUUCGAUUCACUGGGAGCAAGGCACUCAUGGGUGAGCGGUUUGCCUCGGGAAUGUGGACUCGUAUCUGUGCCUGGUGCGCUGCUGCGUUCAUCAUCGUACUGAACCUGUGGAUGGCUGGCUCGAUGCUCUUCGAUGCCUUCCGGGUGCAGUCUGGUCGAACUGCUGGCGCAGUCGUUGGCGGUGUUCUCGCCGUUCCGCUCACCAUCUAUCUUCUCGGUGUACUGGUCUGGCUGUGUAUGUACAGAGGGUUUAGAAAUGAAUGA